AUGGUCAAUCACUCUCACUUUUUUGUUGAGGGUAAUAAUAUAGCAAAUAAAUGUCAUGUGCAACGAAUCAACUAUCUAAUACAGGCGGCAGCACUUGUUAAUAAUUUUGAUAACAAUCUUGCUAGAAUAUAUGUGAGGAAGGCCAUUGAAUAUUCUAGAAAACACUUAUUAAGACUUGAUGUAUCUGUUAAACGCUAUUUAUGCAAAUUUUGCCAUACAUUAUUAUCUCCUGCUCUCACAUCAACAAUUAGUUUUAAAGAAGAUAUAGUAAAAAUUAAUAAUAUCAAACGAAAUAUUAUCUGGACAGUUAUAACUUGUCAUAUAUGCAAGAGGACUAGAAAAUAUCCAGCCAUCGGUUGUUAG